CGCCGGAGCGGGUGCUCACAUGAACGAUUUUUUAUUUCGGAAGUGGUUUUUUUGUGAAAUUUCCAGAACUGCUGGAAUGUGGAACCGCAUUCUCCUGCUGUCCUGCUGCAUUUGGAGUGCAUUCCUUGUGCGGCAUAGUCAGGGCCAACAAAUCAACAUUGGUGCCUUCUUCUACGACGAUGAGCUGGAGCUGGAGAAGGAGUUCAUGCAGGUGGUCGAGGCCCUCAACGGACCGGAGUCGGAGCAGACGAUGCGCUUCUUUCCGGUGGUGAAGCGCCUGAAGUCGGACGACAGCAGUGUGGCCAUUCAGGAGCAGGCCUGCGAUCUGGUGGAUAAUGGUGUCGCGGCUAUUUUCGGACCAAGUGCCAAGGCGGCGAGUGAUAUUGUGGCCGUGGUCUGCAACAGCACCGGCAUCCCCCACCUAGAGUUCGACGUGGCCGACGAGGAGCACCUUGAGGAGAAGCCCAACCAUCAGAUGACCAUCAACCUCUACCCCUCCCAGGUGAUCCUGUCCAAGGCCUAUGCGGACAUUGUUCAGAACUUUGGGUGGCGCAAGUUCACCAUCGUCUAUGAUGCCACCGAUGCAAAAGCCGCUGCCCGUCUGCAGGACCUCCUGCAGCUGCGGGAACUACAUAAUGACGUGGUGCGCGUCAGGAAGUUCCAGAAGGACGAGGACUACCGCGUCAUGUGGAAGAGUAUUCGGGGCGAGAGGCGUGUGGUGCUGGACUGUCCUCCUGACAUGCUCCUGGAUGUCCUGAAUGCCUCCACGGAGUUUGGCCAAACUGGAUUGUACAACCACAUAUUCCUAACCAAUCUGGAGACCUAUACUGAUAAUAUUGGGGAACUGGCCGCAGACAACGAGACCUUUGGCGUAAACAUAACAGCCGCUCGUCUCCUCCUGAAUCCCAACCCCCCAGCCUACUCCCAGCCCUAUGGCUACGUCAUCCAGAGGAACGACAUGGUGGUCGAGAGCAACGAGCCGUCUCGCACCCUGCACCACGACCUCGUCCACGAUGCCCUGCAGCUCUUUGUGCAGUCAUGGCGCAACGCCAGCUUCUUCUACCCUGACCGGAUGCAGGUGCCGAGAAUAACCUGCGACUUUGCCGCCUCCGGAGGUCGCACCUGGCCCAUGGGACGCUAUCUCACACGCCUCAUGAAAGGGACUUCCGGCGUGAAUAGCACAAACUUCCGGACAAGCAGCCUGCAGUUCGACGAGGACGGGCAGCGGAUAACCUUCAACAUCGAGGUGUACGACCCGCUGGAUGGGGUCGGCCUCGCCGUGUGGGAUCCUAGGGGGCAAAUAACGCAGCUAAACGUCGAGUCCAAGGUCCAGAAGAAGAUGAUUUACCGAGUAGCCACCAGAAUAGGACCGCCGUACUUUGACUACAACCAGACUGCCGUGGAGCUGAACCUCACCGGCAACGCUCUCUACCAGGGCUACGCCGUGGACCUCAUCGACGCCAUUUCCCAGGAGGUGGGCUUCGAGUACGUGUUCGUCCCCGUGGCGGACCAGCAGUACGGCAAGCAGGACAAGGACACCAAGCAGUGGAAUGGCAUAAUCGGUGAAAUAAUAAAUAAUGAUGCCCAUAUGGGAAUUUGUGACUUGACAAUUACUCAGGCUCGUAAGACGGCCGUGGACUUCACGGUGCCCUUCAUGCAACUGGGAGUCAGUAUCCUGGCCUUCAAGAGCGAGCACACAGAGAAGGAGCUAACGGCGUUCCUGAUGCCCUUCGGCGAUGAAGUGUGGAUCUGGAUUCUGAUUUCGUUGUUCGUGGUGACCUUUUUGAAGACGAUAGUGGCGCGGAUUGCCCAGAUGGACUGGGAGAACCCGCAUCCGUGCAACCCCGACCCGGAAGUGCUGGAGAACAUGUGGCAUAUCCACAACACCGGCUGGCUGUCAGUGGCUUCCAUAAUGACGGCAGGAUGCGAUAUUCUGCCGAAGAGUCCCCAGGUGCGGCUGUUCGAGGCCACGUGGUGGGUGUUCGCUAUCAUCAUCGCCAACUCGUACACGGCAAACUUGGCCGCCUUCUUGACCAACUCCAAGAUGGAGGGCAGCAUCGGCAGCCUGAAGGACCUGAGCGGGCAGAAGAAGGUCAAGUUCGGCACCAUAUACGGCGGCAGUACGUACAACCUCCUGGCGGAGUCGAACGAGACCGUCUAUCGCCUGGCCUUCACCCAGAUGAACAACGACGACCCCUCCGCCUACACCAAGGACAACGGCGAGGGCGUCCACAGAGUGCAGCGCAACAGGGGCAAUUAUAUGUUCCUCAUGGAGACGACCACGCUGGAGUACCACAAGGAGCUGCACUGCAACCUGCGCUCCGUGGGCGAGAAGUUCGGGGAGAAGCACUACGCCAUAGCCGUGCCCUUUGGGGCCGAGUACCGGUCCAGCUUGAGCGAGGCCAUCCUGAAGCUGAGCGAGCGGGGCAAGCUGUACGACUUCAAGCAGAGGUGGUGGAAGAACAACAAAGGGGAGAAGUGCGAGGAGGAGGUGGACCCCAGCGCCACGCCGGACAUGAACUUUGAGGAGCUACGCGGCAUCUUCUAUACGCUAUAUGUGGGCAUUCUCAUAGCCUUUCUCAUUGGAAUCAUAGAGUUUCUGGUCUAUGUACAGCAAGUGGCUCUGGAGGAGCGGCUCACCAUAAAGGAGGCCUUUGUUAAGAAGAUCAUGUUCGUCAUAUGUGUGUGGAACAAGAAGAAGCCCAUCGCGGCGGGAUCGCCCGUUUCCAGCCUGCGGACUACUCCCCGUCGGUCCCUGGACAAGUCCUUGGAGCGGACUCCGAAGUCUGGGCGGCGAAUCGUCCUGGGUCGUUCCUCGGAGGAGAUGCGGGAAAUGCCGCAAAGUUCUGGCUCCCGAUCUGGGUCCUCCUCAGCGGGCAAGGAAAAGGGGCAGAAGGAGGCUCGUCUUUAAAGAUUACAGAUUGAUUUUCCAGAUCAGGUUUAUAAUCCUUAAUAAAGGGAGAGAAGGGUUUCAUUAUCCUCUCAAGU